CAAGCCACGCUCAACACGUGUGUCCGUUCUCGUGCCAUAAACCUUUUAUUUUUGGAGCGCGGAGAAUGUCCUGAAUUUGGGUCUCUGGCGCACGUCGCCUGCUGUCAAAAAUGCCAUCGUGGCUUGCUUGCACGCACGCAAGCUCAGGACAGGAGGUUGUACGCAAGCGAGCUAAUUUGAAGUUGGCGCUUGUCCUAUCGCCACAUCGCUCACAGAAGUCUAGCCGUUGGUGAGUUCGGUCGAACCCAAUUUUUGAGUGGAGGCGAUGCGGAGGUUCUGGUGUUUUUCCGUGGCCGUUGCGACACGGGGGCUGCUGGAGGAGAACAGCGACGAGGAUCGCUUCGCUCCAUUUCACGAUGUUUUCGUCGGUACAGAACUUGGCAUCGAUGAUCUUGUCGUCGCAGGGUCCGUAUCAGAGCGACGCGCCACAGACACCAGCACGGGACUUCUGCAGUCCGCUGGGCGAAAUGCUGCAAAGGAUGAUAGUAGCCGCGACGAUGUCUCCGCCGGCGAGCACACUGCCACAACAUCCGCGUAUCAAGCGGCGCUGGAGAGGGGCGUUGACUGGCGACCAACCACGAUCGUGCCAGCAGCGGAGUUUCGGAAGCAAAUUCAUAUCCAGACAGAUAGGUGGGUUACAACUGGUGCAGCUGAAAGCGAAGCCCCCACGUCCACGGUCCGCCUGACCAAAUUGUCGGUCCACACGAGCGCCGAUCAAGUCGCGUUCGCGGAAUUCCAUCAGACGAGUGCAAACCUUUUACAGGGCGGAACAAGCGCAGCCUCUGCGAAAUCAUUGUCCUCGUCCCUUGUCACUGGCGAGCUGCUUUUUACCUGUCGGCGCUCUGGCCAGGCCAAAAUCACGCUACGCUUCGAGCUGGAAAGACCGCGCAAUGCCGCAGCAGGGACGAUCGAGCUUGCAUCCGACCCCCACAGGAGCAUCGUGGAUGUGAAUUUCGAGAAGCACUGUCUGGGUUUUCCGCUGAUCGGUCUCUCCGUGCUGCAGGACGGCACCCCGGAAAGUUCGCAAAAGCUCUUCGAUUCUUCGAAAGACGAAUUGUCGACGGCCUCGGCUGAAGCGGAAAGUGUGCGGCGGCAUCUGGAGGCGGCACGGUUUGCAGCUUCAGGUGCACGGUCUGCUGCGGAAGGCGAAGACAGCAGAAAAUCCGCAACAGCUGGCGCUUCGUUUGCGCAAGACCCGGGCAAUGAGGACAUCAAGAGUCAAGAACAAGAUGACAGCAAUUCUUACCCGUUUCUGGUGCAAGAAGGAGUCGCGCGUGGCCUGGUAGAUGCGAGUAACUUCUUUUCGUCAGUGCACAAGCUGGGUGACCUCGUCGGGAACGCUGCCACGCCGGUUCUGUAUUUCUCGGAGAAGUCCUCGUCAUCUUCAACUUCAGCUUCAUCGCAUGCAGAAACCGCACCGCAUAUUUCUCCGGCAGGCGGGAGCGAUAACUUUCAUUCAGCAGGGAAUAGAGGGACUGGUGCUGCUGCCGACACGUCUACUACAGCAGCUGGAGCAGUGCCGGCUUUGCUCGCGGACAGCCCUGUGUGGGUUUUCGAUUCGGCACUCGUUGUGCCCCUGGCAUUAACCGCGCCGUCCGAAGUCGUUUUUUCCCCCGUGGAAAUUGAAGUCCAGGGUUCUCUUUCAAGUCGGCUCUCCCACUACUUGGGCUCCCUGGCAAGCGGUGGGAGCAUUCUCGAUCAGCGACCGGCUAGUACCUCGGACGAAGUGCAAGAUAGUACCGCCAUGCUGUGGGCAAAAUCAAAAUCCGUUCCAAGUCGGCGGGCCAUGCAGAAGUUGUUGCACCAGACAGCUACCGCGAAUCGCCGAGGUGAGGAAGUGGCUCUGAGUAUGCCUGAAGUUGCUGCCAACAGCAGCGACGGUGUCAGCACAGGAGACACGACUACGUCUAGCGUAACUGCCGAGGAGUCCAGCCGUGGAAACCGGGACUACAUUUCGUCCGGCGAGCAAGCUCUAGCAACUGUGCCAAACUCACCAGCAUCUUCUAAUACGGCAAGUACAGCACAACUAAACGACGACGGGCUGGAGAGCCCAGAAUUGCCCGAUUCGAUCAGAUUUUCGACAUCUACCUCUUUCAAACCUUCCGCAGAAGCAGCAGCAGCACCAGAUGUAGUCGAAGAGAGCGACCUGUUGACCACGCGAGCGGGGGCCGUGUCGUUUUUACAAACGCGCUCGUUGGAUUCCUCAUCAUCAACCCUGUUCGGUGCUGGUGCACUGAUUCUCAAGUGCGACAGUUACGGUCCGGGCUUGGUCCGUGUGACUUUUUCCGCUUUCCCGGCUUACCAACCCUACGCCCCGGUUCGUUUCGAGCGCGCAAUUUUUUGUGGCCACGAAAAGCAGCGGCCCGACUACGUGCUGGCACAGGUUUUGUCCGGAGAUCAUGAUGUGGUCAUCUCCAGAGCACAAGAACAGGCCGCAGAAAAUGUUGACAUCAUCAGGGAGAAUCUUCUCGGAACAAGUAGCCCUGCGUUCUUUCGUCCCGCUGUUCUGCAAGACCGGUACUCCUUUCUCGCUGCCAACCAGCACGCGGUACUACCGGAGAUGAAGGCCCUGGCGAUGUUGAGCGAAAAUCUUCCCGCUCGUCCUGGUGGUGCAACUACUACUCUGAGGGAAGAGGUUUCUAUGCCACUGGCCUUGCUCGAGGGUGAGCGAGAGGUAAGUGCUCCGGCCGACCUUGCGUGGGAUGAGGAUCGAUCAGUGUUUCGGAUUCUGCGCGCCGACGCUGCGGACGAAUACCAGGUGCAAUGCGCCACCGCCGGUGUGCAUGGUUCACAAACGUCCAAGGCCCUGCUACCAACGCGGACGAGCUUCAAAUUUCGUGCGGGAGAGACGGAGAUGACGGACAAGUCAACCAGAAGUACUCAAGCGCCUACUGUGAGCAACCGCAAUGUCGAGGCAGGUAUCAAACGCGAUUCAUCUUCCCAGCGUUCUCGGUAUUCUGAGGUCACGGUGGACUACCAGUGCGCCCGCUCCGGCUUGUUUCAGUGCACCCUGAAGCCACGCUGGGCUUCAGUGAAAGAGCAAUACCGGGGAGACGGCUUACGCUGGAACAAACAGUGUGGUGGGGCGCGAGGGAUCACGGUAAUAAGUCGGGACGCCACCAUGUUCGGACCCUUGUCGCUGCUUGCUGCGGUGCGGAGUAAUUCGAAGGACGAAAGCCAAACUGAUGAAUCAGGUAGAAGCACCGCUACCGGUGAAUCUGGUUCUUCUUCUUUCUUCCCUACUAGUACUUCCGACAAGCUGUUGCUGCUCCCCGCUGAAGCAAAUCUUGCGACUUUUGUUCUGCACGCGGAAAAGCCAGUGCUGUUGCGGGGACCGCCACGAGUUCGGGUUUUGAGCAACGGAGCAUCACCAACAUCAUCCGAAGAGCAGAAAGCAACAAAUGAUCUGCUCCGUGUGCAGCUGGUGCGCGGUGACGAUAUUACUUCGAUCGACAGAGACACCUUGCUGACCGCACAGUUUCAAUGCACGGUGCCCGACGCGGCAGCUGCAGAAGAGGGGGUCUCGGACCGUCAGGGCUCCGAAGAGAUUUCGAGCAAAGGCGCAAAUGCGGACGGAGAUCUAGACGUGGAAAUCGCUUUGCCGAUCGAGAAGCCGUUGCCGGAGGACGCAGACACGCUUUCCUUUCGCAUCAAAAAGCGAUGUGCAGACGCGGCCGGCACAGGAAGCUUUUUUUCUCGGAGAUUCGCAGCAGGAGGAAAUCGAAAUUCCGGAAGCAGUACUGCAACAUCGCAUGGAAAAGAAUCGCGCGGUGCUGCACCCAGCGGGUUGGCGCUUCUGCUUUUGAGGAUGCAAAGCGGGAUAGCAAAACUCGCGGCGCCAUCACAUGACAGUUACUUCGGCCGAGUGCUCGGAGCAAUCCUUCCGUCGAGCAGCGGGGGAGCACUAGUACUGCCAAUCGCGGCCUCGUUGAUGGUUCUCGCUCUGCUUUUCAGCUGCAUCGGAGCAACAGCCUUGGGAGGUUCCGGAGGUUUCUGGCGCCGGAUUAUCUUCAUGAAAAAAGACAGAGCUGACGCGUCCUCUGCAGGUGAGUCGUUGGUUGGGCACGCGGCAGACGCAACGACAUCGACGAAGACCAGCAAGGCGGCAUCAACGAGAAGCAAGAAACGCGGAUCCCAGAGAAGCUGAGUCAAAACUAACUUUCGAAUACCUGGAUGGACCGACUGUUUCCUUUUCUUUUGGACGUUUCCGUUUUUUCAUGAUUUUGGUAGAACGACAAAUUCAAAUUGCGCCUCGUUCUUAGCAGGCAAUGAUGAUGAAGAUGCAAAGCCCAACGCCGUACUAGCUACAGCACCUUUGUACGAUUCAUUGUUCGUGUUUUUUCCGACGUGUUUUAAGUAUAUCUUUGCAGAGGAGCGAGACCUUGGAUUGCGAUGUACAGAGGAAGAAGUUCCACGGCAAAGCACGUUCC